AGAUAUGGAGUGAAAGAAAAGAGCAAGAAAAGACUGACGUGAGUGAGACAAGUCCACACACAGCCUAAGUGAAUGGGACAGAGAGAGAGAGAGAGAGAGAGAGAGAGAGAGAGAGAGAGAGAGAGGUGGGUGUGGAAUCAAGGGGAGAGCGAAGAGUGCUAAGACUGAGAGUCUAAAUCUGAGAGAGGAAGAAAGCUGGUGAAGAUUCACUGUAAUUUUUCCUGCCACACAUAGAAUUAUCCUCGACAGAAAGGAUUCAUCUUUUUAAUGUUAACUUUUUGUUAUACUCAUACUCAUACUUUGUGGAUUUUAUGGACCUUGGACUCAAGAGAAGUCUGAAAAAUACUGAACUCCUUCUUGAACUUUGUGACAGGAUCUAAACUUUUAUUACAGGACAUCAAGCAGAUAUACAACUGAUUCAUAGCUCUGAUAAAGUCAACAACUGUGUGGGAUUAUUGGUUUUCCUUUGACAUGGGGUCUGGGAAGGAGCUACUUAUUCUUGGCUUAUUGUGUAUGCUGUGGAAAUGUUUCUCUCUGUGUGACCUGGGCUUCGAGCAAAUAGACAAUCACUGUGUUGAUGUGGAUGAGUGCCAAGAAACCGUAGAGGGAUGUGGGGAACACGCAGAGUGCUUCAACACGAACGGCAGCUUCUACUGUCAGUGCCGCUCUGGGUUCACAAACAUUCAUGGGAAAGUUAACUUCACAGUGGUAAAUGGACAGUGUCAAGAUUUCAACGAGUGCCACAAUGAUUCCAAUAUCUGUGGUCACAAUGCUCAUUGUUCUAACCUGAUUGGGAACUACAGCUGCACCUGCAAUUCUGGGUACACCACUGCCAGCAGUAGCUCUGGAGGCUGCAUAGACAUAAAUGAAUGCAGCGAAGCUGAAAUUAAAAACGAAGACCUCUGUGGAGUUAAAGGGACUUGUAAAAACGUUAAUGGGAGUUACUGGUGCAAGUGUCCAAAAGGAUACACUAAUUAUGGCAACCAAAGGUCCCCAUGCUCAGAGCUUGAAUGUGACAGCUUCAAUGGCGACAGCGGGCCUGCACCGUCGCUCAGAGGCCUGGCAGACAUUUUGUUCCUGAUGAGAAACAGCUGUUUGGCUCUGUCUGACCCAAGUGCCGCUAGUGAAGGGACGGCUGAUGGAGAGGCGCUACUGGAGAAACUUUUCACAGCGACAGAGGCCGUCCUGUCCCCUGGUCACCUGGACAGCAGUAAAGAUGUGAGCGGAUUGCUUAGUAUGGUGGAGAACGCCAUUAUGUUCAUUGGUCCACAGCUCAAAGACAAACUCACCAAGAUAGAGACGACUGAGACAGAAACAGAGAUUGCAGUGCAGAGGGGAAAGACUCGACCCACCGGAUCAAUCCAUCUGACCAAUGAGAAUGCAAGCCUCGACACUGACUGGACAACAGCAGCUGGGACGGGAACAUACCCUGGUUUUGCUCUGGCUGCAUUGUUGAGCUACAAGAACCUUGAGAGCUCUGUUAACCAUUACUUUGAGGACCUGACAGGACUUGAAAAAGAUGGUGUGAAUCCCUCCUUUCAGAUCUUCUCUAGAGUUGUGUCUGUUCUGGUUUCCAACCCAUCCACUCAGAGCUUGAGCUGUCCUGUCAACAUCACCCUCAGACAUCUACAGGACACAGAGGAGUCCCCUGAGGUGAGCUACAUCUGUGCGUACUGGAGUGAGAAAGGGGCCUGGUCCACAGAUGGUUGCUAUCAACAGCACUCCAAUGCCACACACACUGUGUGUACAUGUGAACAUCUGAGCAGCUUUGCUGUGUUAAUGGCACUCUACCCUAUAGAGCACACCUUCGGGCUCCUGCUGGUGACCAAGAUAGGGCUGACCUUCUCCCUGCUGUGUCUUAUACUGUCCAUCCUGACAUUCAAGUUCUGCCGCUCCAUACAAGGGACCCGCACCACCAUCCACCUGCACCUCUGUAUCUGCCUCUUCAUGGCUGACCUCAUCUUUCUGGCUGGCAUUUCACAAACGGAACCUGUGGGCGGCUGCAGGUUUGUUGCAGCGAUGCUCCAUUUCUUCUUCUUGGCAGUGUUUACCUGGAUGCUGUUAGAAGGGGUUCAGCUGUACCGUAUGGUGGUCCUGGUGUUCAAUGCCAACAUUCGGCCCCUCUACUUAUUCGUCACUGGUUAUGGGACACCCCUUGUUAUCGUCAUUAUAUCUGGCAUCAUUAGACCAAAGGGAUACGGCACUAACCAGCACUGCUGGCUGUCCCUGAAAGACGGCCUCAUCUGGAGUUUCUUCGGCCCUGUGUGCUUCAUCAUCAUCCUCAACGUCUUCUUUUUCAUCAUCACCGUCUGGAAGCUCGCCCAGAAGUUCACCAGCCUCAACCCAGACCUCUCCAAACUACACAAAAUUAAAGCUUUCACAGUGACAGCUAUCGCCCAGAUGUGCAUAUUGGGUCUGAUGUGGGUGUUUGGGGCCUUCCUGUUUCAAGGCAGCCCCAUAGCAGUAGCAUAUAGUUUCACUAUUCUCAACAGCCUGCAGGGAACGCUGAUCUUCAUCAUGCACUGCCUUCUGUCUAAACAGGUGAGAGAUGAGUAUGCCCAUUUCCUCUCCUGUAUCUGCACACCACAGAAGAAGGGAUUCUCAGACCUCAGCAGUACCAACCCCUCAAGCAGUCAGUCACAAGGUUCUCGGAGUGGGCAGAUCACCGGAGAAUCCCAAAUGUGAAUCUUUUAUUCUACCCCAAAGACAGACUAUCACACCUUUAACCCAUCUGGGCUAAAUUGGCCCUGAUUUUAAAGGUAUGGAUCACUUCAAAUAAAAAUUAUGUCAUUAUUUACUUACCUUGAUGUCAACUGAAACUUGAUUUCAGUUUUGUUGUACCAUUACACCAGUUGUUUAAUGGUACAACUAAUCAGGCCCCCCGAAGUCACAAGAUACAUCUGAGCGGUCGUGUCAUGUUUAAUGAGAAAGAAAGAAGAGAAAACAUAUUUCUGAUAUACAAAAUUAUCUAAUCUUUUUUUUCUUUUUUUUCCUUCGCAAAAUCAAAAUGGAUCAAAGCCCCAGUAGUUACAUCACACCCAAAUGAAGUUAAUGGGACCAAAGUUUUUACAACUCAAAAACCAUAAACCUAAAUCCCCCAAUAUGAGUAGCAUCAUCUGCCAAUUAAUUGCAUUAUGGGUCAGAAAGUGACUGAAUGUUAAUUUAGUGUGCAGUAAUCCUAUACAUGUGUCAUUACUGCCACAGCAGGCAAGAAGUAGCCAACUUCUAAAAGUGUAUAUUCAGGAACUGUUUAAGUGAAGAUAUUUCAGUAGCUUAUCGGUUCAUCCAAAACACAUCACAAUCAUAUAAUAUAAGCUGUAUUGGAGUGAUUCAAAGUGAUACUGAUAUAGACUAUUUAUUUUCAAGAGCAGACUAUAAAGUCUACAUUAUGUAGGCUACAAGAAAAUAUGAGUGAUGCUCUUAAUGUUUAAAGCAUGAGCAAACAGUUUGUGCUGUAGUUUAUAUACGUGUUUUAAAAAAAUAAGCUAAAAAAAUAAGGGUGGCUGUGCUUAUUGUUCAUGGGAUCUUCACAAAAAAUGUGUUUCCAUGUACUGUUUUUAACAGUAUGUUGUAAUGUCAAAGAAACAACUGAGGGAUGGUGUAAAUGACCCAUGAAGUGCCUCUGAUGUUCCUUUCAUGCUCCUGCAAAUCCCAUGUGGGCUCGUGCAAGGAUUUCAUGUCUGUUUUUUCUUGAUUUUAAACUAAAUAAGUGAUUUUAUUUUCAAUCACUUGUGGCAAUUGCUCAACUUGAGCAGUUGAGCAAUUGAGCUGUGCCUUUUGUCACUGGUGAAUGUAAAGAUGUAAUUUUUUUCCUUGAAAUGAUCAACCAAGAAAACAAAACCAGCCCAAAAUGGUAGCUCGGACAAUUCGCAAAAACAGACCCACCCUUCUGAUAAGCCUGCAGCUUCCUGUGAUUAAACUGUGUUUAUGGAAUAAAAUUCCAUUUUGUUAUCAUGUUUUCUUAUUAUAGCUGUUGUUAUAGCUCCACACAUUGUUAGUGACUGUAAGGUAUCACAUCCCUGAAAUGAGAACUUCAGCUGUUUUGAUGAGGUCUGAUGGGAGUUGUACAGACCUGAGUUUAUUUUUGUUAUUUUAUUUUUGUUUUUUGCACUCUUUCUUUGUAAAAAUGAUAAUCCAGCACAUCAUCACUCACAUGGUGCAUGGGAGAAUCGAGACGACUUGUGAACCAGCCUCACUUACAGAACCUGAACAGUUUACUUGUCGUAAUAAAGCUGUCAAUUAUAUAUUUUUAUAUUUUAUUGAAAUUGAUCAGAUCAUGUCAAAGACAUUGAUCUUCAGAACAAAGAGAAAGAGAGACCUUUUGGAUUUCAAAUCAGUCUUUUUAUGUGAUUGGUUUUAUCCUAUACUGUUUGCUUAUAUUUAAAUUGCCGGAAUAAGGCCACGUGUGCCAAGUGUUGGUUUUAACAAUUAAACUGUUCUUCGGUUCUAACGUGUGGCUGCACUUUUUUGUGACCAUGGAUACCUUUUAUUCAUGCAUUGCAAGUAUUUUUAUGUGAAAAAGCUCCAUGCGUUAUGCAGCAUUUUGUGAAUGUAAGAAUCUUAUUGUUAGAAUAUACUAUAGGUGUUCUAGUUUGACAGUAUAUGGACUUAUUUUUCUACUUUGUUUUGUUGUAUGUUGUUCGGUACUGCUUUCUUUAAAGAAUGUGCACCACAAAUUUUAUUAAAGCUUCUACUUCAUCUGAAAA